CAGGGUGAAUGGGCAGAUCUCCGACCCCUGAAAGACAUAGAGUACAAGUUUGAUUCAAUCACCCGAACAAUAAAGGGUUUGCCAGAUGGGGGUAGGAAAGCCUUCUUUAGUAUCCUGAUGCAGGCACCAAAUAACGCCUCUCCUGUUGGAACUGACGACAGAGUGACUUGGCGCAAAUUAUCUGAGGGGCCCGUAGAAGGGGUAUCGCGGUUUGAAGCCACACUGAACAACAGCAUGUCAGUACCGGGAUACAGUAUACCUAAAAUCUGGCUCUCCGCUGGCAACGAUGAACUCUCGUUCCAAAUGAACGAAAUCUCGUCCCAAAAAAGUCAAACCAAAUUUAAUGGAAACUCGUGUCAGUUCGGAGUACAACAAAAGCAAGAUUCCGCGGGGAAAGUAAUAUACAAGAUAAUGAUAAAAAAUUGCGAGAGCGUUCCAUAUUGUUUUCUGGAUAUGACGAAGAAAGUUGGAGAUAAUUGGAUUUUUACAUCCGACUACUUCACACAGACGGAGGAAGUGACGUCACCAGAGGACAACAUUACGUAUAGAAUAUGUACUGUUGACAAAGCGGCGGUUAAAAAAGACGGACUAAAAUUAAAGCUCGAGUUUAUUUUCUCCGUGUUCAAUGAAAAAUUCGGAGAAGAAUUGUUUGAGGGCUUCAUGUACCGGUAUAAUCUUAUGCAAAUAAAGUAAAAUUAUUGAUAAAA